AAAAACGGUUCUUCAAAAAGAAUUGUGGAAAAGAAGAGCUUUUUAUUACCUGUUGAGAGUCGCAAAAGCACGCACCUCACACACUGACUCUGUGUGGGAAUCCGCCAUGGAAGGAGCGAAUAAUCGGAGCUCCGACGCUCUUCGGGAGAAGGUGAGCGAGGAUUCGGAGCCGUCGGAGGAGAGAGGAGUGGAGAAUCGAGACGGAAAAGCUGAGAAAAUUGAUGAACAGAGUCGAGUGAGCAGUGGUAGCACCAGUGAUUAUGCACUCGGGAACAGUUCUAGAGGAGAAUCGAAAGCUUCUCAAUUACAAACCCUAGCCUCUGUCGAGCUGCCCGUCGCUGAUUUCCGAGCCGAUUUUGAUGAUUCAUCCGAUCAUCUAUCCGAGGUUCCAGUGGAGUACUCGCUGCAGCCGGUACCGUCGGGGGAAGACAUGAAGUUCUUACCUCAGGAUCAUGUAAAAUCAGUGAAAAAGAUAGUGCCGAAGGAUAUAGGUGGUAAAAGCAGUGCAUCUGCUACAAAGUCCAGUUCCUCUAUUGCAAGUUCAAACCCACCGGAACAAAAAUUACGACCAGUAGAGAAUGGGAGCAAUCUGUGCAUUCCAGAACAGGACAAGCAGAAUCCGAAACGUUUGUCCAUUGUGCCUACGCCAAGAACUCCUUCUGAUGGGUACAACUGGCGCAAGUAUGGUCAAAAGCAAGUGAAGAGUCCAGAAGGUUCUCGGAGCUAUUACAGAUGCACAUUUUCAGACUGCUGUGCCAAGAAGAUUGAAUGUUGUGAUAUCUCUAACCGUCUAAUAGAAACUGUCUAUAGAAGCCAUCACAAUCACGAUCCUCCCCAGAAAUUAAAUAGCACUAGAGAAAAUAAGCCUUCAUUAUCAAGUCCACCCGUCAAUGGGAGUAAUGAUCCAAGUCAUCUAGUUAGACAUGUAAAUGAUCCGGUGCCAUCUACUCCAUCCAAAGAACAUGUAGUUGCUCUUGAUGAGAAACCUGAAACUAAACAGGAGUCAAGUGGUUCUGAUGAGACCACUGUAGCUGAUACAAAAGAGCUGUAUGGUGAUGGGCCUGAAUCAAAGAAAAGGCAAAAGAGAAAUUCCACAGGUGAAGUUGAAUCCCUUCCUAAACCCGGAAAGAAGCCUAAAUAUGUUGUUCAUGCAGCUGGUGAUGUGGGAAUAUCAGGAGAUGGCUACAGAUGGCGCAAGUAUGGGCAGAAAAUGGUGAAGGGGAAUCCUCAUCCAAGGAACUACUAUAGAUGCACUUCGGCUGGCUGUCCUGUUCGAAAGCACAUUGAAAGGGCAGUUGAUAACUCCAGUGCUGUAGUAAUAACAUACAAGGGAAUUCAUGAUCAUGAUACGCCAGUACCAAGGAAGCGUCACGGACCAAAAGGUGGCAUUGCAGCUGCUACUUCUCCCGUCUCUUUAAACGAUAUGCAAAGUAAAAGCAAACUGCACAAGACUCAGCAAACCCAAUGGUCAGUGGACAAAGAAGGCGAAUUGACGGGCGAGGCUCUUGUUGGCGGGGAUAAAGCAUCAGAAUCAGCAAGAACACUUUUGAGUGUUGGCUUUGAAAUAAAGCCUUGUUGAAACCUAAACACCCGUGGCUGCGCCGCACCGGGAAAAGCCAAAUAGCGGUGCGCAUUUCCUGAUCAAUUUAUUUUCUAAUAACACAGUUGAUUUCUUCUUUUCUUCUACUUUCCCUCCUUUCCUAUCUUUGUAUGUUAUAUUUGUUGUAGUCUUAUGUUAGUCUUCAGCUUGUGUGGUGAUUUCUAUAUGAAGAACUGAGUAAUAAUAAUAGGUUGAUUGUAGUUGUAGCCUGUAAUAUUAAUGGGAGUAAUUUUAUGUAAAAUUAUUGUUGAUUUAAUGAAUCAAA